AUGGACGAUACACCGUCGCGAACCACCGUGCCGUGGACAGUGUUGUCAGAGCUAUCGCUAUCAGAAGCCAUUGAAAUGGAUCAAGAAGCUCUCAAUACCAUAACAGGAAUGUAUCCAGCAAUUAAUAAACCAGCUGCAGUUCUUCAUUGGCUUAAUCACGUAAAAAUCGAUGCUGAAUACAUAGUGAUUCUUGAUGCUGAUAUGAUCCUGAGAGGCCCAAUCACACCGUGGGAAUUCAAAGCUUCCCGUGGCCAUCCUGUUUCAACUCCUUACGACUACCUUAUUGGCUGUGACAACGAACUUGCAAAAUUACAUACUAGCCAUCCCGAGGCUUGCGACAAAGUUGGUGGUGUGAUCAUUAUGCAUAUAGAUGAUCUCCGGAAAUUCGCGAUGCUAUGGCUGCAUAAAACUGAGGAGGUUCGAGCUGAUAGAGCUCAUUAUGCAAGAAAUAUAACAGGAGACAUAUAUGAAUCCGGGUGGAUCAGUGAGAUGUAUGGUUACUCAUUUGGUGCGGCCGAGUUGAAACUAAAGCAUACUAUAAGCAGUGAGAUACUGAUAUACCCAGGAUACGUUCCCGCACUGAACGUUAAAUAUCGAGUUUUUCAUUAUGGAUUGCGAUUCAGUGUUGGGAACUGGAGUUUCGACAAAGCAGAAUGGCGAGAGGUUGACAUGGUCAACAGAUGCUGGGCCAAAUUCCCAGAUCCACCAGAUCCCUCGACUCUCGAUCAAUCUAAUCCAGAGAAUCUACGACGAGACAUGCUCAGCAUAGAAUGUGGAAAAACCCUUAACGAAGCACUUGAAAUUCAUCACAAGAAGAAGUGUCCUACUGCUGAUUCCUUAUUGACAACAAAAGGCGACGAGAAAACAGAAGAAAGUGAAACUUCAAGUGAAAUCGGCAACACCGAUACAAGUAUUGUUUCAAAAACUAAUCAAGUCACCUCGACAAACCAUUCAGAGGAAUUAGCGAGUGUUCAGAAAGACGAGAUUCCAAGUUCUUUCAGGUUUUGGGUGGUGUUCUUAUGGGCGUUUUCUGGAUUUGGUUUCUUGGUUGUCGUUUAUGUUGUGUGUUCGGGUCAUAGAAGAGGGCGAACAAGGAUGAAACAUCAUAAUAGAAGGAGAAGAAGCUCGAAUUCAGGAUUCAUGGAUAUCAAUGGACGCGAUCGGCAUGGCCGUGAUGUUGAUUUAUAA